UGUGGCUUUCUGGGAAGAGGCGUGACACGCAGGAGGCCGCUGGAAGCUGUGUGUCACCUCAGUCAUGUCUCCCCUCGCCCCAGACUGUGGGGCCCUCAGGCCCCUGCUAUUCCCCCUGCUCGUGCUGUUCCUACGCCUCGGCCUGUCCCGGGGACUCUAUUUCCACAUCGGGGAGACGGAGAAACGAUGCUUCAUAGAGGAGAUCCCGGAUGAGACCAUGGUCAUAGGAAACUACAAGACUCAGCUGUGGGACAAACAGUCAGAGACUUUUCUGCCGUCUACUCCGGGUCUGGGCAUGCAUGUUGAGGCGAAAGACCCUGAUGGCAAGGUCAUCCUCUCCAGGCAAUACGGCUCCGAAGGCAGAUUCACCUUUACGUCUCACACCCCCGGAGAGCACCAGAUCUGCCUGCACUCCAACUCUACUAGAAUGUCUAUCUUUUCUGGAGGCAAGCUGAGAGUUCAUUUAGACAUCCAGAUUGGAGAACACACUAACAACUACCCAGAGAUCGCAGCAAAGGACAAGCUGACAGAACUACAGCUCCGAGUGCGACAACUCUUGGAUCAGGUGGAACAAAUCCAAAAGGAGCAGAACUAUCAGAGGUACCGCGAGGAGCGAUUCCGACUAACCAGCGACAGCACAAACCAGCGCGUCCUGUGGUGGUCUAUUGCUCAGACCCUCAUCCUUAUCCUCACCGGCAUCUGGCAAAUGAGACACCUUAAAUGCUUUUUCGAGGCCAAGAAACUAGUGUGAAGCGUCUACCUCCAUGCCCGAUCCUGCAUACUGUAUAUACCCCACGCAUAUGGACAAAAAAAACAACAUACGGUCUUCAGUCCGUGUCCCCAUUAUCCCCACCUGCCCACACGUAGAUAUUGCCUUUAUAGGUAUAUAGCCACAAUAUUUCUAAACUGUAUGGAGACCAGUGGGUUCCGAGAUGCCAUCACUCGGGUUCUUGUCAAGGGUCUGUCACUGUUGGCCAGAAACACUAUUAUUUUUUUUUUGUGGGGGUGGGAAUCUUUUUAAUAAAUACACCUGAAAUAUUAUCUGUUCUUGCAGUAACAAAGGACUGGAGCCCUGAGAUGGUUGGGGUCCAAAUCUGGAAUGCAUUUGUUUUCAUGGCAGUACUUGCCCAACCCUCUAGACCUUUGGGCUGUAAGAAUGGUGACAAAACCAUUAAAGGGGUUGGUCCACCCACAGGUGGUAGAUACAGAGGUUUGACUACUGAGACCCCCCCAUGAUCACAAGAUCAUAGUCCCCUGUGUAAAUGGUGGUGUCUAUGGGAUUGAUGGAGAUAGCCAAGUGAUGGGCACGCCUCUAGACUCAUUCACACCUGGACCACCAUUCUAAUGAUCACUGGGGGUCCCAAUGGCCAAACCCUGCUUUUAUCACCUCUUCUAUGGAUACAGUACACAAUAAAUCUAAACCUUACGGGUAAGUAAAUGUUUUCGCGUCUUUCUCUUAAGCGUUGAAAACACAACAUACUUGCAUCUGUUUCUGGGAAAGCUGGGUGAUGACCAGUAUGGCUUCCAUUACAGCAGCCGUCAGCUUUCCCAGAAUGGCAGGACUGCCUAGUCAUUUAGAGCCGUGGGAUCGAGAAUGGUUUAGGCUGAUUUGCUGUUAGAAUUGCGCACAUGGAUUAGUGGGUAGUGAAGGUGUAGGAUGUAGGCAGCUUGUACCCGUGUGGCUAUAGCAUAGCAUGCUGGUACGUGUAGUUCUGCUGCGGAUACCCUAUUUAAUACUGAUCUAUAGACCUGAUGUCUGUUUAUACAUGUAUUAGAGACUAGUUACUGGGUAUAUUUACCUAGACCGUAGAUGUAGGGCAUAUACUGUAACCCAGGGCAGACUAUGCGGUGCCAGCUUUCUUUAGUCUUUCUACACUGUCCUGCUGAAAGGUGGGUAAUGCACCUUAAAGGGGUUAGUCCAUCUGGGACAUUGACAUAGAAAAUGUCAGGGGAACUCUGAGACCUGCUCCUAUCUCCAGAAUGGGCCCCACGAAGUGAAGGCGAGCACACUACGCAUGCGUGGCAUCCUCGCCAUUCUUCCCUAUUGGAUUUGAGUGCUCACUCCGCUGUUUUCAGAAAGCCCAUUAGCUGUGAAUGGAGAUCACCACACUGCGCAAGCGCUGUCACCUCUCCAUUGUAAGCUAUAGGACUGGUGGAAAUAGCAGAGCUGGAGCUCGGCUGUUUUCAGAACUCCCAACGCGGUAAACGGAGGGUGGGCACACGUGCAGCUGCUCUCUGUUCACUUUGGGGGGCACCGUUCUGGAGAUAGGAGUCGGUCUCGGAGGGGAACUGUUAGACCAGCAACCAUCCAACAUUAGAGAGAUGCCAUCGAUCUCCCAGAUAGGCCAACCCCUUUAAUAAGCUUGGUGUAUGAUGUAUGCACCCACUGUAUGAAGCCUUUUGAUGACGGCUACCCUCAAAGGGCUAUUCCAGGAUUUCAGUAUUGAUGUCCUAUCCUCAGGAGAGGCCAUCAAUAUCAGAUGGGCUGGGGUCCGAAACCGAACACCCCUGCACAAUACGCUCUUUCGGAGUAGCUGUGACUUCUGGAACUGCACCUCUCCGUCCGGUGGAGGGAACUGGCAGGCACAGUGCUGCUUCUAUUGAAGUGAAUGGAAGCCGCACCGCCGUUACGAGCUCUGUCCCCUGCACAAUGGAUGGAGCUGUGUAGUUUGGAUGGCUUUUUCCUUGGCCCCGUGGAGAUCAGUGAUGCCAGAGCUGUUUGGCAGCUGCUCAUCUACCUACUGUAUGUACUGUGUAAAUAGCCUGAAGGAUAGCCAAAACCUAAUGUAUGUUAUUGGGGUAGUCAGGACUGAUAACUGUCAGCUCAGCAAUACAUGGGGCUCCACAAAAGGGUCAGUGGGGCCAGAAAAAAGUGGGCCCUAAGGGGGCUUUGCAGUCUUCUUUUAUUAAUGGUCUAUACUGGGGAUCAGUAGGGGUCUGACACCCGGCACCCCCCACCCAUCAGCUGUUCUGCUGUAACUCCAGCGCUGGAAUUACAGUGCCGUCCAUUGUGCAGUGGACAGAGCUGGUAACUGCAGCCAUUCACUUCAAGGGGAGCAGCGCUGCAGUAACCUGCGUCGUCCACCCUGAAGGAUGGAGCUGUGUACUGCCAGCGCAGACUUCUAAAGCUACUGUGGAACAGCUGAGCGGUGAGGUGCAUUAGGUCGGACCCCGCUGAUCUGAUACAGGUGGCCUAUCCUAGCCUCUAAGCUGACCUUAAACUUCAGCUUUGGCCAAAGAUCUUUCAGCCCACCCGAUACACAUGCACCCUUGGCCUAGCCAAGCAUGCAUGUGUUCUGUUUAGGGAGAAGCUGCUAACGGGCACCUCUGGAGGCGACUUAUUGUCCCAAGAACAAACCGAUCUGGCAUAUUGAAGAUCAACUGUCCAAUCCUGCUGUCAGAGGAGAGUUGGGACGCCCCCAUACAUGCCCGUUGAAGUCCGUGGAGUCGGCCAUAAUUAAUAUAAUGUGUAUGGCCGCAGAAAAGGAUGUCGCCUUACUGCUAAAAUCUAGUGUUUGGGGUUGUCAAUAAUAAUUUUUUUAAUAAUGUCACUGUCAGGUGCUGCCCCCUAAAGGAGUGUUUGCCAGGAAAAUUUCUAUUGUUACUACCGGACAGCAGGGGGCGUGAUUGUGUGGUAAUGCCAUAUUCUACUGGGCAUGUGCCUGCUUUUUAGUGGAGGAGGAUUGCAUCUUUGGGAGAGCGGUGGGGUUCACAUGGUGCAGAUUUGUUUCAGCCUCCACAACCCCAUGCAUAUAUUAGAGUGGAUUUACAGUGGCAGAAAUUUCUGCAGCAUGCGAACCUUCUCCCCGUAGUCGCGGCAUUGAACGCGUCGCCCUCAUACGUGUCCUUUUUGUCACAGCCUCUAAAAUGAUGUCUCUUAAUGUAUUUUAUACCUCUGGGAUUACAAUGAAGAAUGUUCCGAUUUCUUUCUGUGAUGAUUUUGGAUUGUAAUAAAAGAUAAUAUUUCCAUGUC